AUGACGCUCGACUCCGCAUUGCUGAUCCCCAAUACCCACCAUCAGCUCCGUCACUACAUCAGCACUGCUGACCCAGAUCGGAUCUAUCUCGCUGUCGAAAGGCAAAUAUAUGUCAUAUACACCUCGUCUAGAAAACGUGAGAAAAUUGCUGUCGUGCCCUUCGAGCCAAAGUGCUUGACGGCUGGUCUAGGAUGGAUUGGAAUUGGAGGCUCAGAACAUGGGGAUUGCGCCUUCAUCAGGAUCGGGGACCCGUCCUCAUCGACCCCGCAUGCUAUGCUUCCUCCUCGUGUGGGCGUAGAUAGCCCUUUGCCAGUCGACCUAGAUCCUGUGCGCCCGCGAUUCCCACCAUCAAGUUCUAAUAUAAAAAUACAUGAAUUCGGUGGUAGUAUAGUCAAUUCGGUAACGCUUCAUCGUCUGCCAGGCGAAGCUCCCAUCUAUGCGCAUGAAGAUGUUGCAGUUCUCAGUAAUAAUGACACAACCGUGAGCAUUUAUUCUCUCACUCGUUCGGAAAUGAUUCAAAGUAUCCGUCAUCCAAUAUGCAUGAACUAUGCCAUUAUCUCGCCAGACUCGAAACUUCUUGCUGCCGUUGGCGACGCCAAUCGUAUUUAUUUCUAUCGCGUUGAACCAUCUCCGGAAAAUAGAAUCGCAGUUCGAAACAGCGAGAAAAUGCUGAUUGGAUGGAACUGGCCGUUGAUCCGCUCCGUCGAACUAGACUCAGAUCCCCAGUACGAUGACUGUUGUUGUUUUACCAUCGCGUUUUCCCCUUCCAGCCAUCUUUGCGCGGUUGGUUCGCAAGCAGGAAUUAUCACAGUCUUCGAUGUAAAAAGCAUUCUAAAUACUGAUCCGGAAGAUGAUAGUGGACGAGAAGAUAUUGUUUGUGUGUUUCAGUCGUCCCGGUCUUACUUUGAAGGAGGUGCGGUUCGUUCCAUGUCAUUCUCCCCAAGACCUUGGGAUCUUCUCGUCUGGGUUGAAGAUUAUGGGCGAGCGGGAGUGGCAGAUGUCCGCCAGGCAUUUUCCCGCCGUCAGAUUCUUUCUCUUGACUUGGAUCAACCGGGAUUGCAAAUGGUGCCAACCCGAAUAGGCAGAGAUGAGCCUGAAGGAGGAUCAGAUUCAGAUGAUCCACAUCGAUAUCUUGACCCGGAAGCUCCCAACCAUCUCGUAAAUAUUAUUGAAGACUCAUCGUCAUCUCAAAGGGAUCAGCCAAGUGGGGAUUUAGAACAUGAGACACUGCGUGAAGAUCUGCUACGGGAUUUAGGUUAUAGAGAGAGGCAUAUUGUCGAGUCAAUGAAUACAUCUGAAUGGGACGAGGGGUCAACGUCUCGGAUUUCACGGCGUCUGAGCCCUGAGCUGCUUAUAGAAACCCGCAUGGGUAAUCGCUCUCCUCGCGGGGGCUCUCCGGGUUUAGAUGACGCCGUUUUUCGCUCUGAUUACGCUGCAGAACGCCAACUGGAGAGACUGCGAGCGGCAACUCAACAGCCACCACGUCGUGUCACAGGUGCGCAAUCUCAAGGUGACCGAUUGACACCUACUUUACUCGCAGCCCACGGAAUCAACGCCCCAUCCGUAACAUUAAGAUGGACCCAGUCACCAUCCCAAAUACAGAUAUCAGACAACCCUUCUGAUGCCGAUGGAUCGAACACAACAGGUCGUAACGGCACAGCCCAAUCCACGGACAGCGACCAGCCAAACGGAAGCGGCCUUGCAAGCAGCAGCCGCCAAACCCUGCGUGCCCGUGUCCUGUUCGACCACUCCCCGCAAACUCCACCUCUAGCCAUCCAGACCCAACAGAUUCGUCUGCACCGCACAAGAUCCAUCCCCAGAAGAGCGGACCCGCCCGAUGCAUCCGCUGCAGAACAGCAAGAGUCGCAAACGGGAAUAAGCCACGAGGAGCGCAGCCGGUUACGGCGGCAGGCGGCUAUUGAGGAGAGUCGGAGGACCGGGACGACUUUUGGCCAGUAUCGACGGCGCAUGGAGCUUGACCAGCUUCGCGCACCGCGCUGGAUUCGCACGACUAUGGGUGAUGAUGUGACCUUUGCGUCGACUAGUCGCGAGCGGGAACGUGGGGUUGGGACUGCUGGGAUUGGAUGGGGAGAGGACGGGCGGAUGUUGUAUAUCGGAACCGUACAAGGUAUUUUCCAAUUCGAACUCAACGUCCAAGAUCGCAAGACGUUCCCUGGGUUUUCGUGCACUAUCGCCAUCCCCAAGACGCAAAUCCGAAAUAUAAGUGCAGAUGUAGACACGAACGCAUACGAAAAUGGUGACCACGCGAGUUCACCGACCAACUAA